AUGCCCGAAGAAGGAGGGAAAUUCAGAGAACUCGACAAACUUAAAAGCAAGUCAGUAAAUCAACAAAAACGAGCCGCAAAAGCCUCUAAAGCCUCUUUUAUAAUCGUUGAAGAGCAAGGAAUAGAAAAAACACUGUAUUUCUUUUGUGAAGAAUGUCUUGUUAACAUUAAAAAGAAAAACAAAAAGAGGGGCCAAAAAGAGAAAAAAAGGAAAGAAAAUUUAGCGAAAAAGGUGGAAAACCAUGAGAAGCGAAUUCAGACUUUGGAGAAAGAGCAAAGGCGAGCAGAGGAGACAACCGAAACAGAACAAAUUCAAAAAAAAAUAUCAAUCACUUUUUCCCGAAAUUAA